AGGGGCCCUUUCCUGCUGUGAGUGAGAAAGGUACAGAAGGCAGGGUGGACAAGACUACCGGGGAGGAGAAGACAGACGGCGCGGGCAGCAACAGCAACGGCGCGGGCCUGAGGAGCAAGCGCGCGCGCGCGGGGUGGAAGAGGAAGGCGGACGGAGAUCCAUAUGGCGGCAGCGGAGAUGGCGGGACGAGCUGCCAGCUUGUCAGGUCUGGUGACGAAAGCUGCCACGUCAUUGGGCAAGUCAGAGCUGACGUGUCAGGCUCUGCAGUCUACUGCUGCGACGACCGUCAGAUCGAAGUACUCCUGCUGCGCCAGCACGGCAAGGGCCUUGUAUAGAGACAGAGGAGAGCUAAGGUCCCCACCGAUGGCAUCUUGUGCUGGUCGUGCGCUGAAGAUAGAGGUAAUAGAUUCAGUGAAUUUGUGUGGAAUGGAGUGCUGCCGCAGAGCGACAGGAGUGGCUGCAGUGGAGACACGUGGCAGGCAAUGCGAUCAUGGACGGGAUGGUACAGCUUCCUUGGCCGCUCACGUGGCGUGGACUGCCAGAUUGCACCCUAUGCGUCCGGUCACUACCUCCCCACACACCUUUGGCAGCAGUGGUCAUAAGCUCCGUUUGCCUCUGUUUGCCUCCGGUACCAGAGGUGAGGGCGGCGCCUUUCGCUUCAGACGAGGGGAGGGAUUUAUGAGCGCCCGGAGAGGGGUCGGACAUGUGAAUAGUGGAUUGCAGAGUGCCAGCUCAUCCAGUUUCUAUGGGGGAUCCUUGAUGAGGGCGCUCUCAUGUGGUUGUCGAGGUGACGGAAUCCUUCAUGCCGGUGGAGCAUGCCACGUGGACAGAAUACGCGCUUCUGGAGGGCCUGCCAUCCCUCCUCAGCACAGCAGAAGGCAUGGCUUACCUAGCGUUAGGUGUGUUGCCACCUCCUCCCAACCUACAGUGCCCAUUCAAGAGGUGACCUUGGCAGAGACUGGGUUUGAGGUUUUGUCGGACCAGUUCUUGGAGGAGUAUAAGGCCAGUGCUGUGCUGUACAGACACAAAAAGACUGGGGCAGAAGUGAUGUCUAUCAGCAAUGACGACGAGAACAAAGUCUUUGGAAUUGUGUUCCGAACACCCCCGACUGAUUCAACUGGCAUCCCUCACAUCUUAGAGCAUAGCGUCCUGUGCGGAAGUCGCAAGUAUCCAAUCAAGGAGCCAUUUGUUGAGCUGAUGAAGGGAUCUCUCCAGACUUUCCUCAAUGCUUUUACCUACCCUGAUCGCACUUGCUACCCAGUCGCCAGCACAAACUUACAGGUCAGGGUUGUUUUCAACGAGAUGAAGGGGGUGUAUUCUCAGCCGGACAGCAUGUUAGCCCGGAAAUCUCAGCAAGCGUUGUUUCCUGACAAUACAUAUGGAGUUGACAGCGGAGGAGAUCCUGCAGUCAUUCCCUCUCUCACUUUCGAACAGUUUAAGGAGUUUCAUGCGAAGUUCUAUCAUCCAAGCAAUGCCCGCAUUUGGUUCUAUGGCGAUGACGAUCCGAAGAAGAGGCUGCUCAUCUUGAAUGAGUACCUGUCCAAUUUCGAGGCGAAUUCUGCAGCUCAGGAGUCAGAAGUUGGCAUUCAGCGAUUGUUUAGUGAACCAAAGAAGGUUGUGGAAAAGUACCCUGUAGGUGCUGAAUCUGGGGAUAUCAAGAAAAAACACAUGGUCAGUCUGAACUGGGUCCUGGCUGACAAAGACCUAGAUCUGGAGACGGAGCUGGCUCUUGGGUUCCUUGAUCAUCUCCUUCUCGGCACUCCCGCUGCCCCUCUGAGGAAGGCAUUGCUGGAAAGUGCACUAGGAGAGGCACUCGUUGGCGGGGGCUUGGAGGAUGAGCUCAGGCAGCCACAAUUUGCAAUCGGACUGAAGGGAGUUGCGGAGGAGGAUGUGGGGAAGGUCGAGGAACUGAUCUUUUCUACCAUAAAGAAACUUGCUGAUGAAGGGUUUGAUCCAGAAGCAGUUGAAGCUUCAAUGAACACCAUUGAAUUUUCUUUACGAGAGAAUAAUACGGGCUCAUUCCCGAGGGGGCUCUCGCUGAUGCUGCGGUCUAUGGGCAAGUGGCUCUAUGGCAAGGAUCCUUUUGAGCCAUUGAGAUUUGAAAAGCCUUUGGAGUCGUUCAAGGCACGUUUGGCGGCGGAGGGUGGAAAAGGUGUUUUUAGCCCGCUGCUGGAGAAAUAUUUGCUUGCUAAUCCGCACAGGGUUACCAUACUCCUGGAGCCUGAUGUUGAGCUUGCUUCAAAGGAUGAAGAGAGAGAAAAAGAAACACUGAAACAGGCUAAAAGUGUCUUGACGGAGGAGGAUAUCAACAAACUCGUCGAAGCAACCAAAUCUCUUAAGCAGAGGCAAGAAACACCUGAUCCUCCAGAGGCAUUGGCAGUUGUGCCCUGCUUGAAGUUGUCAGACAUUCCAAAGGAAGCCACUAAGAUUCCAAUUGCGGUAUCAGAGCAGGCAGAUGGAUCAAAAGUUUUGCGGCAUGAUCUCUUUACGAAUAAUGUCCUCUAUGCUGAAGUUGGCCUUGACAUGCGUUCUGUCUCAGCGGACCUGCUUCCACUGGUCCCUCUCUUCUGCCAAUCUCUGCUGGAAAUGGGCACAAAAGAUAUGGACUUUGUGAAACUCAAUCAAUUGAUAGGCCGGACGACGGGUGGGAUAUCGGUCUAUCCAAUGACCUCCCCGGUUAGAGGAAAGAGCGAACCAAUCAGCUACUGCAUGGUUCGUGGGAAAGCCAUGGCACGGCAGUCUGGGGAUCUCUUCAACUUGAUGAGGAAGAUUUUGACGGAAAUCCAAUUUGACGAUCAGCAACGCUUCAAACAGUUCGUCAUGCAAGCAAAAGCAAGGAUGGAGAGUCGAAUUAUUGGGAGUGGACACGGAAUAGCAGCAUCACGAUUGGAUGCAAAAAUGAACACUGCAGGCUGGGUCACUGAGCAAAUGGGUGGACUCAGUUAUUUUUAUUAUCUGAAGGAUCUUGAAGCGAAGGUCGAAUGGGACUGGCCAAGCGUUGUUGCAUCACUUGAGAAGAUACGGCAAAGUCUGCUUAGGAAGAGUGGUACAAUCAUUAAUCUUACGGCGGAUGAGUCCAUCUUAACGCAAGUGGACGCCCAUGUCACAUCCUUCCUCGAUGCAAUGCCUGCCAAGGAUAUCCAAACAGCGGAGUGGUCGUCAAUUCUCCCAGCAAACAACGAAGGACUUAUCAUUCCAACACAGGUUAAUUAUGUAGGAAAAGCAGGCGAUCUAUAUAAAACCGGAUACCAGCUUCAUGGAAGCGUGCACGUCAUCUCCAAGUUCUUGGGAACCACAUGGCUCUGGGACAGAGUUCGUGUCAGUGGUGGCGCGUACGGAGGUUUCUGCGAUUUCGACUCCCAUAGUGGUGUUUUCUCAUACUUGUCCUACCGGGAUCCCAACUUGCUGAAGACACUUGAGAACUACGAUGGAACCGUCGAUUUUUUGCGAUCCCUCGAUCUCGAUAACGAUUCUUUGACAAAAGCCAUAAUAGGCACAAUCGGGGACGUGGACUCAUAUCAGCUGCCAGAUGCCAAAGGCUAUACAAGCAUGCUUCGGUAUCUGCUUGGUAUCAGCGAUGAGGAACGUCAACAACGCCGCGAGGAAAUUCUGUCAACGAGCGUUAAUGAUUUCCAUGCAUUUGCGAAUGCUCUCGCUACGGUCCGAGAGAACGGUGUGGUUGUGACUGUGGCCUCCCAAGAGGAUGCAGCGGCGGCAUUGGCGGAACAACCGGGGCUGUUGGAGCUAAAGAAUGUCCUGUGAAGAGUGAGGCGAACCUUCCGUGAAGUGUCUCUGCGAACAGUCACGCAACGUUUCAUGAACAGCAGGCUGUCAGCUGUUGCCAACGCUAUCGAUGGAUGGAUGUAUCACAUUACAUUCACAAUGCUCUCCCAAAUGAUUCUCUGGCGGAAGUGGAUGGAUGUGCACACGCCGCCGGCCGCGCAUGAGGGCAGGCGCAUGUACCGCAAGAGCCUCUGCACAUCACAGGUAAGGUUGCCGCCUGGAGACGAGUGGCAGGACUUCUGCCCCUUGGACUUCUCCCCAGGCACCACUCCUGUAGGCAUGGGGCUGUGAUAUGUGCGCAGUUGCGCGCACUGCGGGGCGAAUGGCGUAAAUGAGUCCUGGUCCUGGUCCUCUUGCGGACCCCAGCCAGACCUGGAUAUGGUGGCACCAACUUUAAAAUGCUGAAGGAAUUUCAAGGAAGUCUUUUUUUUUUUUUUUUUUUUUUUUUUCUAGUUGCAGUUAUAUGUUAAGGAGCU